GCCUUUUGUUUGACUCCAACACUACAGUACAAAUACCCACACCUUACAGUGUCACACCGGGCCUCCGUGAUUCACUACAUUUCCUGUCAAGAACGGCUCCAAAAUCUCUGCUGCAGAGGGGUGAUCUAUCGAUACUUAGGUGCAAUCAGCAGGCGGGGAGAGACACAAUAAAUCUCCGGGAACUAUGGAGACGGCACAGAGAUUACAAAGUUCAAGCCUGGACUCCUUCUAUCAGAACCCCUUCGGAAAACCGUUCGGUUUUCACUCCAAGACUGAGUUCGACGCUAAGAACGCACUUCUCCUUACCAGAAGCGACACGUUCUUGUUGAUAAAACCGCCCAAACAGGAAGACAUCUGGAGAAGAAAACCUCCCAGUUUCUGUUACGAUGCUUACGACCCAAAACCUCCUACAAGGAACAGUCGCGAGGCCAUGCAGCCGUGGAGGUACGGCACUUUUCCCGGCGACUGGAAACGGCAGAAAGAAGAGAUGCAGAAACAGAGCCAAGAACUGGUCCUGCCGAACAUCUUAAAACCUAAGAAGCCCCAAAGUCCGGUGUUUCAGACCAGAUUUAAAAUCCACGAUCCAUUUGAGGCGAAGAAAGACUCCGUAAGAAGACUGACGUUCAAGAAAGAUCAGUUUGAGAAUCCAACUCCUCAUGAUUUUAGACAGUAUCCACCCCUAAAGAAACUAGGCCUUCCGGAGUUCGAAACUAAGCACGAAAAGGACCCGGGCAACAUCAACUUCAAGUCAAAACGGCUCAACCAGAUUUCAGGCCUGGCCCAUUCUGACGUGGGUCGUGACGUAGACAAGGGCCGACAGAUGUACCGACCGAAGAUUGCCGAACCGAAAUGGGACGCGAAACUCAUCCAUCCCAAAGAGGAGUGGCCCAACCGGUACUACGCAUACACGCGCUUCCGAAGACCGAACCGCCGUGUCCACAGCGCCUUUAUGGAGCGUGUGGAGGACCAGCUAACGGAGCAGUGGAACCAGGAGAGGGAACAACAGUCCCCCGGCAGACGGGCGCGAGAACGACCGGGGUCAGCCUCCGGAGAAAUACGGGACAGGGAGAAGUCAAAGAACGGACUGUUGUGACUCGAGCUUGAAGCUUGUUAUCAUCAAUAUGCAAAUAUAUAAGAGAGAGUACAUGACAUGAUUAUACUUUUUAUAGCUUAUUCUUAAAAAGAAUCAAGUAUAUUUUUAUGUGUGUCUUUUCAAUGCAUUGAAAUUAUUAGUAAAAGGUUAGUCACAUAUCAUCGUAUCACUAUUUUGAACGUUAGAAUAAGUAGCUGAUCUCUCAAAUGCUCUAAGACAAUGAGCACUAGCUACUCAACUAUUCAUAAUAUUGCAGUUUGUUUCAAAACAUAACAGUUUGCUUUUUCUAUGCUCUUUUCGUGCAAUUUUGCUUUUUGAAUAAAUGUUAUUCUUAUGCGA